UUGCCCAUGACGCCGGAUCCAAGUUGUGACAGCUGAGUGUCCAUGUCAGUGCGAGUCCGCCGGGAGCCUCCAGGUCCUGCGUGUGGGUGAGAGAUCCAGAGUCCGACGCGCCUGCGACCGUCCUCGGCUACAGACGGCGCCUCGAACACGGGAGGGCGGGUUGAUUAUGGUGUAGCACGGAGCGCUAGCUCUGAGACAGCAGGACUUUGAGCAGCAGAGCAGCAGACAGAGGCAGACCACAACGGCGGAGCCAUGCUUACACUGGCCAGUAAACUGAAGAGGGAGGAUGGAGGAAAGACGGGACGUGCCUCUGGAGCCUCCGACUCCACCCACAGAAUCUCCAUCAGAGACCGCCUCCUUACCAAAGAAGUUGCAGAACUUGAAACCAAUCUCCCCAGUACAUGCAAAGCCAGUUUCCCUGAUGAAGACCAGCUGCAUCAUUUUCAGCUGGCAGUGUCUCCUGAUGAAGGUUACUACCAAAGUGGACGGUUUCAGUUUGAAAUCAACGUUCCCGAAGCCUACAACAUGGUGCCUCCUAAAGUCCGAUGUCUGACCAGAAUAUGGCAUCCUAACAUCACAGAGAACGGAGAGAUCUGUUUGAGCUUAUUGCGGGAACACUCUAUUGAUGGUACAGGCUGGGCCCCCACUAGAACAUUAAAGGACGUUGUCUGGGGAUUGAACUCCUUGUUUACGGACCUGUUGAACUUUGAUGACCCGUUGAACAUCGAUGCGGCGGAACACCAUCUGAAGGACAAGGAGGAUUUCCGGACUAAGGUUCAAGAUUACAUCAAGCGCUACGCCAGAUGAUAGAAGCACCAACAUCCGCCUGCAACAAUCAACCAAACGACUCUACCUUGCCUCUGCUUAUCUUGGCCGACUUCCCGAUGUGUGUGAACCCACAGCUGUUUCUGUGACACUCACGACUCCCCCCCCCCCCCCCCCCCCGACACCUCGCCCGCCUGUGCCCGUCUCCGUUCACCCGAUUGCAAUAAUCACCAUCUUGCAGGAACAAAAAGAUAAAAAUGAGAAAAAAGACGUGUGGCUAAGAGGAGACUUGCAUACAAAAGAAGUUUAUCCUUUCAUUAUCCUGAAGAGUUGAGUUUCACAACGACCACGAUGUCUUCUUGUGGAAAGACGGCCAGUCGGAAAUGAGCCAAUGGCGACGAGUGGGACCCGUAAGAAGAUUCACUGGCGGGAAAAAAAAAAUACAAAAAAACAUACGUGAAGCUUUUUUAAAAUUUGACGACUCAUGAGAAAGAAUAUGCUACUAUCAAUUCUCUGUUCCAGUGCCUGCCAUGUUUGUGUUGCUAAAGAGAAAAUGCAUGUGAGUUCACAAGCACGCACACACACACACACAGACACACACACACACAGACACACACAGACACACACACAGACACACCGACACACACUGUCGCAUUCUGUGGUAAGACGUGAAUAUAUGUACAUGCAUUUCUUGUCUGUUAAAUACACACACACACACACACUCAAGUUGAACAGCCUUCAACCCCCCUGCCCUACUCGACAGCAUGUGAAUGACCACAUUGUCCCGUUGAGUUGUUAUUCUCACAAGUACACACACACACACACACACACACACACAUAGAUACAUACUAUUAUUUUGUAUUUUCAUCCCCAGUGGGAUAAAGUACUAUUACUAAAACCACAGCCAAAUGUUUUGUACUAUUUUCAGCUGUCAUCUCUGUUUCCCUAUUCUCCUUUACAGUUUUUUGUCUUUCCUCCAUCCCUCCGUAUUUCUGUUUCAUUACACACACACACACACACACACACACACACACACACACACACACACACACACACACACACACACACACACACACACACACACAAGUUCCUUUCCCCAUUGAGGUUUGUUCAUACUUGCAGUGCAAUCAUUGACAGUGACAUAUUUUCACCUGAUAGCGUUGAACCCAAGCACUUUGGGUUUUGAACUGACUCUGGGGUUAAAGUACUGAUUCAGGUUGAAAGGUGCUUUUUGUUUGGCAGCCGUUAACUUUACCCUUUUUUCAUUUUCAUUUCCCUUCGCAAUAGAAAUGUUGUUUCGUUCCUAUUGCUUUCACUUCUUUCCUUCUGCCAAAGUUGGGAAGCCGGCCCCCCGACCCAACCUCUCGCAAAGUGUCACAGGCUGUCACGUCACUUUGUAUCACCGAGGCACUGUAGCAUCCAUGUGUCCUGGAGAAGAGGCUCCUCUGCUCAGAGGGCACAUCAUAACCUUUUGUCUUAUAAACAUAACAUUUACUGAAGCUCUUGGCAAGCGACCAUCAGCACCACCCACUCCUGACAAGAGACAACAUUCGCCGGCAGAGGAAACUUACCAACAGAACUUCUAAUUUGACAUCUAUCACAAAUUAGCCAUUCUGGAAUUGCGAGUCUCCC